AUGCUUCAUCACUCAGAGAAUCAGAACACCUCUACUAGUGAUAACUCUGGCUUCCAAAGGAGAAGGCAAGCUAAAUCAAAAACCGUCCCAGCAACACUUUCAUCUGCCAGAAAUAGCCUUUCAAAUAAAAAUCUUAAUACUUCUGAGGACAAUUUCAACGAUUCUCUAAGUGUGCGCUUUGAAAGAGUAUCAUUCAUUGCUCAGUGCAAGUCAAGGUUAAUUGCAAGUGAGCCACAAGCGAGAAGUAUACCAACUUUUUCGACAAAAUUUUUAAGAACAAUGCCUUACCCUAGACAAUUUUCCAGUUUAAUCGACGAGCCUAAUUUUGGUGAUAUUUCUGAGUUGGAUCUUCAGCUAGAGACAGAUCCAAUCAGCGAAACUUAUCCAAGGAAGUUAUCUCCCUUAUCAGCCAGAGUUAAGUAA